UUUCCCACCCGGCCGCCGCUCCACACCCUCGCUCGUCUCGCCCCGACCAAACCCUAGCUCCGCCGCCCGCCGCCGGGCACCGACGAAGCGAGCGGCAUGGCGCUGAUGGAGGAGCUCGUCGAGGAGGUCCUGCUCCGCUUCCCGCCGACCGAGCCCGCGAGCCUUGUCCGCGCGGCCCUCGUCUGCAAGCCCUGGUGCCGCCUCAUCUCCGGCCGCCGCUUCCACCGCCGCUUCCGCGAGUUCCACCGCUCACCCACGGUGCUCGGCUUCCUCUGCCACGGCCUAGACAAGGGCGGGUACGCCUCCCGCUUCGUCCCCGCCUCCCCCGCCUGCCCGCCCCACGCCGACCUAGGGCGCUGGCACCGGCACACGCUCGAAGCCCGCCACGGCCGCGUCCUCCUCUGCGCCGCGGACGGAAGUCCGCACCUCAACGUCUGGGACCCCGUCACGGGCGAGCAACUCCCAGGCCCGGUGGUUACCGGUCCGGAAAUAAAACCCUGGUGGGAGCUGCCGCCGCUGCCGCUGCCGGCCGUUUGGAAUUAUUGGAUGCCAGGUCGCUGGAACGCGGCAGUGCUCUGCGCGGCCAGCGGCGGCGCCUGCGACCACCUUCACUGCCGCGGUGCACCCUUCCUCGUCGUCUUUGUGGGCGACGACGCCGGGCAGAUUUCCUUGUUCACCUACUCGCCGGAGGCUGGUUCAUGGAGCGAGCCGAUCUUUGCCGCUCCGGCCAGUGAGUACGGUGUCUAUUCAGCGCCCACAGCCCUUGUGGGGAACUCACUCUACUUCAUGAUUUUUAGGGGAAAUAGCAUGCUCAGGUACGAUUUGAUCACACGGAAAACAUCUGUUAUUGAUCACACACCUGCAAAGUAUCAUGAUCCUACUGAGCCAAUUAUGAUGGGGGACGGUGGGGUAUUAUUAGUCGCAGUCGAGAAUUAUAACAGUCUCUUCCUCUGGUCAAUGGAGGAAAAUCCCAACGGAGACAUAGUAUGGGCACAAAUCAGAGUAAUUGAGCUCAAGAAGUUGCUCCCUGUCGAUGUUAUUAAUCAUUGUGGUUUUGGUUUCAUCCAUGGCGUUGGAAUCCUCGUGGGCACAAAUAACGGGUUAUUAAUCAUUGAUCUAAAGUCUGAUAAGGUGAAAAUGGUAUGCGAGGGCAACAUCUACGGUGCUGUUCCCUACAUGAGCUUCUACAUUCCAGCACUGGAAUCGGUUGCUGCAGUUGAGGGGCCAGGAGCUGCUGCUUCAAUUGCAUGAAAUGAAAAACCAGAGCUGCAGGGGCAAUUGGGCAAUGGGAGUCGCACAUCACCAGGGGGCCAUGGGGAACACUCUUGUCAACGUGUGGUCCAACGAAAUCUUCAAACACCAGUUCACUUGUGAGGAUGUGGAGUUUCGGCCCAUUCAGUUACUGCAAUCGAAAUCUUCAGGCUGAGCUGCUGAGGCAGUAGCAGAGAAGAAGAGUUGGUGGUGCUGGUCCUACAAUAAUCCUACGCCAGCGCACGGCUCAUUGGAAACUUGAACAACUUGUCUGUUCUACAGCUGAUCAUGUAACGUUUUUCGCCUUGUCCCAGCACUAACUUUUGCCACUCAACCAUCAGGAUCAGCUCAAUGACUUGUAUCUUCCUUAUGACCAUCUGUAAUUCAUACCUUCAUGGAUCAUGAUGAAUUUGAGAAAUCUAGUUCAUUCCAAAGAGUGCCCGCAAUCAGGGAUUCUUGAAUGGA